AUGCGUCUCGGAGAGAAGGACCUUACUACUGUCAACGGUAACAUAGGCGAGAGCUCGACUUCCCUACGAGAGCUACCAAGUAUACCGCAGAACCCGACCGACAUGGCAGCGUCCGAUGUCCUCCUCCCCUUGCGAGAGUUUUUCUCAACACCCUUCACAGCCGCUUUCUGCGCCGGUGGUGUGGCAGGCGCCGUCUCCCGCACUGUCGUCUCUCCUCUCGAACGCUUGAAGAUUCUGUACCAGAUACAAAGCGCCGGUCGCAACGAAUACAAGAUGUCCAUUGUCAAAGCUCUCAAGAAGAUGUAUACUGACGAGGGCUGGAGGGGUUUCAUGAGGGGGAACGGCACGAAUUGCAUACGCAUAAUACCCUACUCAGCCGUACAAUUCGGAAGUUAUAACGUCUACAAACGCUUCGCAGAACCGUCACCUGGUGCUGAUCUUGACCCCAUUCGCCGACUCAUUUGCGGUGGGCUUGCCGGCAUCACCUCUGUCACAUUCACCUACCCUUUGGAUAUUGUUCGUACGCGCUUGUCCAUCCAGUCAGCUUCAUUUGCCGCGCUUGGAAAACACGAAGGGAAGCUGCCAGGGAUGUGGCAGGUUAUGAUUAUGAUGUACAAAAAUGAGGGCGGUGUGCUGGGGCUUUACCGGGGCAUUAUCCCCACAGUCGCUGGCGUCGCACCCUAUGUCGGCCUCAACUUCAUGGUCUAUGAAUCAGUCAGGCAAUACUUCACGGAACCGGGUGAGAAGAAUCCUGUCUGGUAUCGAAAGCUUGCUGCCGGUGCCAUUUCGGGAGCGGUCGCCCAGACCUGCACAUAUCCAUUUGAUGUCCUCCGACGGCGCUUUCAAAUCAACUCCAUGAACGGAAUGGGGUACCAAUACAAAUCGAUCUGGGAUGCCGUUAGAACCAUUAUCGCACAGGAGGGCGUUCUUGGACUGUACAAGGGGAUCAUGCCUAAUCUGCUCAAGGUCGCCCCGAGCAUGGCUAGCAGCUGGCUCAGCUUUGAGAUUACUAGGGAUUUCUUGGUUGGUCUAGCCCCAGAAAAGGAGAAUGGAGACCCUAUCUGA